CAUCCAGUUUAACUCUAGAUUGAUGUCCAAGCAAAGGAAGAUAAAAGAGAGGAAGAAUGUUGACGUUCUCAUAAGUUCCGAUUCAAUUGAAGCACAAGGCUUUCUAUUUGAGGGAGGAGAUAGUCACACUUUGCAUGUGUUUGGUGAUGAAGAUGAUGAAGGUUUCGAUGGCAUUCCAUGGAAUGUUAUUGAUGAGGCAAGGGGAGCUAGUGAGAAUCUUCAACCUCGCAGGAGUGCCAGAUUAGUGAGAGACCUUGCCGAUGAGGAGUUUGAGUCUGAAGAAGAAGAUGACGAGGAAAGUGAGGCCAUUCAUUUCGAGGAGGAUGUUGUGGUUAACAAGAACUAUAUAGAUGAAGAUGAUGAGUGAUCAACUUGGAGUUUAUUAACUUGUCAUCGCCUUUAUGGCUUAUCUUAACAUUUGUAAUGUUUUAUUAUGUUUGUUUCCUUCUAUGUUACUACUUGAAUGAUUGUUAUCUUGAAUAUUGUCAGUUACAGAACUGCAAAUCAGUGAACUUAUGAAUGUUAUGUUUGAUCUUGCACUCUAAACUUACAUAUUUAUCAUUUUUUUUUUUUUUACGUUUAAUCUCGCCUAGGCAAUGACUAAUCGGCCUGGGCGCUGGGCGGUGCCUCCUCGCCUAGGUGGCGCCCAGCGUCUUCUUGAACAUUGGGGAGAGGGAGAGGGAUUGUAGCAAACUAUCUGCAGCGCGUAAAAGUACCCAAGACCAGAAACUUGCAUAAGAGAUUAUUUAGAAAGCUCUAUCACUUUCAACAAAUCAAAGCACGCCAGGGGAAGACUGAUAUUUAGUAAAACGGUGGCUGACUC